AUGAAAAUCGAUUCUAAAACAUUACGGCCGUGUAGCGCAGAAAUUUUCCCCCGAUGUAUGCAACUUAUUGAACAUAUCAAAUCAGCUUCGGAUCGGAGGACAUUUCUGGAGCGACUAACUGAAGUUCAUGAAUGGCAACCACAGUUUGGAAAAUCCGAAAUGGCGAGGUGGUCAGACGUUUUGAACAUGUGUGAUGAGGUAUUGAAGGAUGCCGUAACGUGUAGUUCAUCACCGGGUGCACCGAUGGCUGUCGACGAAAAUCAGAAUUUAUUACCAGACGUUACAUCUGUUCUCUCUUUUACCGCUAUGCUUUUCGAGAACACUUUCACCCGUUCAGUCUACAGUUCCACUGAUCGCCUGCUAAACUUGUUGGAUUCUGGUAAUGUGGAAGUUGUUGUGGAAACGUUGAGAUUACUGUUGGUUAUCAGUAAGCGCUCAAGAUUUCUCUCACAACAUCUCAGUGAUGUCCAACAGAAAAAACUUACUAUCCGACUUUCCGCUAUUGCUCAGUGUUGGAAUGGUAAACUCAGAAGUAUGAAAAUGGAUGAAUGUUGUACCACGAAUGUGCGACCUUCCGCUUUAUUACCAAUCGGAUUUCAGACAGACACGAAUAAUCUUGUUCGUUCUAUACAUUUAGAUAAAAGUUUUGCGGCUGAAUUGGAACACUUGUUGUCUGGUAAAAAAAUUGAGGAAGAUGAACGUGUAUCUUUCAUAGCUCGCUUACGUUUGGUGCGGUCAUUUAACACUUCUCGUGGUCGACGUCUAAGUAUUAUUGCGCGUCUUCUUUCAUUGUCUAUACUAGUCUAUACUCGUAGUUUGAUAGAAGAAUGGGCAAUGACCACAAUGCUUUAUGAUGGCCUUAUUGAAGAAAUAACUCGUUUAUUGCUAAUUAAUAAUACGUCUGAAUCAAUUAUUGAUGCUGUUAAAACGGAAGCACUUCGUACGCUAACUAGUAUUGUUUCGCUCGGAAGACCUGCAAAAUUGAACGUAGUAGUAGAAUCCCUCGGAGUGAAUUCAUAUCACGGUUUCCUGGCUCGAAUGACCCGCCAAUGUGUCGACGACCUGCGGUGCGGAAGAAUUGGAAAUGGGUAUACAACCGUACCAUUCUGCACUGCUCUUUUUUCUUUGCUUUAUCAUCUUGCUGGCUUUGAAAAUGGCGGUGAAGCAUUAGUUUCAUGCGCUUUAACGGAGACAUUAUUGGGUGUGGUAUCCUGUGAAACGCUGCCUUUAGAACUCAUUACCUUUGUUACACGUGCUGUCCGCGUUAUCGAUAUCAUGACUUCGUUAGAUGCUAAUGGUUUUACAUCCUGCAGUGGAAUGAGUAUUAUUGUCCACCGCUUAAUUUUUGAUGUCAAUAUAUGCAUGAAGCAUUUGGCAGAACUGAGCAUCACUGGACCAACAACAGAACAGUGUCAUCAGCAACGUGCUGCGUUGAUUAAGUCAUUACUGAAUUUCAUCAAAAGAGCUGUUCAGGAUACACAGUUUGCUGAUAGUACUCGACAUAUCAUGGAUGGUGCUCUACCGGCUGCUUUAGUACAUAUUUUAACAAACUGCGGAUUUUUUGGAGCUUCACUAUUCCACAAUGCCGUUUCCUUGAUUACAAAUUUCAUCUAUCAGGAACCAUCAUUGCUUACGUCUUUGCAAGAGAAAGGUGUUACGAAUGCUAUUCUAAGGGCAAUAUUUCGUCAAGAGUUACCCGCUUCUCGCGAUGUCAUUGCUGCAUUGCCGAACACCUUCACUGCUCUUUGUUUGAACGAUCGUGGACUGAAAGCUUUCAUGGAUGAAAACCCUUUCGAUCAUUUCUGUGACAUUUUCGUGUCGACCAAAUAUAUAUACGCUAUGAAAUGCCGUCGCAACGAGAUGAAUGAAGUGGCCUUGAAUCUUGGUACAUCGUUCGACGCCUUUUUGCGACAUCACCCAACCCUGCGAGAAAAUUUUCUUAAUUCGUUGGCUAAGGUGUUGAAUAAAUUGCUGGAUAUUGUAUCUAUGGAUUCACCACGUUGUGUCAUGUCUCUUACAUCAUGUCGCAGUGGUCAGACAGCCUCAGCAAGUUCUUCGAAUAUUGCUGCUUCAUCGGCUUCUCCCAGUCGAGAUGAUGAGACUAUCAUGGCAGGCAAUGUUUCUUCGGAUGAUGAUGAUGAUGACCCAGCUUCAGCUGUUGCAAAUAUGGAAGAAAUGCAUACAACUGAAAGUGAAUCACCUCAGCUCGAUCUUGGUUUAUCGUUAUCGAUUGUGUGCGACGGGAAUCCACUUAUUCCUCUUGGCGAGUAUCUGCUGAAUAUCGGAAAAUUUCUAGAAACGUUGUUAACAACCCAUAAUGCAUCACUUGAGCAAGCUGAUCUUUUUAUACAGUCUGGCGCUGCUGAUAAAUUGCUUUCCUUACUUUUUGUUCGACAGAUUCCGUUAGAAUUAUCGCAGUCUGUAUUCCCACAAUUGGUUACGAAUAUAAUGCGAUUUCUCUUUCAACAUACAAGGAGUAGUGAUGUGAUAGAUAUGGUUGCUAAUCGGCUGAACAAAUUUUGUCUGGAUAUGUUAAGUUCGUGUAGCACGAAUGGAGAUUCAUCGAAACCGUCGUUGCUUGCGAUGAGUUCGUCAGAUGCUUCAUUGGCAAACAUUUGUGCGAUCUCUGUUUUCUGUUCGGUUCUCGGCAGUUUGUCAAAAACUGCUCUGGGAAGUAACACAUCCACUAAAACAGCAAUUCUAAGAUUUUGGACAAAUGAAGGUUGUAGGCUUCUCGCCUCGUGUAAUCAGGCUCAGAGAGUAGUUGUUUGGGAAAGUGCUGUUUUACAAGUAUUUAAUGCAACGAACAAAUGCACAGCUUCUACACAAACAGAUGAUAUUCAAUCAGAUGAACAAAUAGAAGAAGCCAAUGUAACUCUGAAGCAAGGUUCAGUUGGAGCGGAUAGUGUACCACAGCGUAUAGGUCGACCGAAAUAUCUGCUUGAUGAUUACUGGCUUCGUUCAAAAUCGGGAACCAGUGCAUUGAAUCGUUGCAAUCGACAGUGUACGGAAUUGAUGACAAUGCUCGUCAAAAUAUCUAUCGGUGGAAUGACUAGAACGAGAAGAAUUCAGGAAAAUGAGGGUGGCACACCAUGCGAAAAUGCUGUGCAGCUAGCACUACAAAUAAUGAAAGGUUUCCAGCAAGCUCUGGAAUGGAAACCUUACGAUAAAACUGACCCAGCUAUAAUGUUACCAUAUUUGGCAAUUUGGAUCAAUAAUCUCAGCAACAUUCUAUUUGAUGAACGAAAGAGUCCUUAUCAUUUGAUGCUUUCCGCUUUUUAUCGUACUGGCACUCAUGACACAUUCUUCAACAUUAUCCCAAAUUACUUCGGACCUGAUCAAGAUCAGAAUUAUUGUGUGGAAAUGGGACAGUUGUUACAAGCCUGGUUAUCCUUAACCGAGCGACUGGUCAACGCUCACGCAUUCCGCCAUUCACGCUAUAAAAUGUCCGAAAGAUUUGCGGAAGCCAAACGUUUUCCAACCGAAAAAUAUCUUGCAAAAUGCCAGCAGGACGCCUUUCGGCAAGCCAGUGUUGUGUUCGGUAUGUUACCGUCAUUACCCUUAAGCGAGGCGGUUAAUUUUAAUAUGUGUGACAUGAUUGUUUCGAUAUAUCGUGAAAUAGUCAAAGGAAUUGUGCCUUUGACCGAAAAACAAAAACAAGCUGUGGUAACAACAUCUGAAGAUCGCAAAAAGAUGGAAGCAGAACUUGAUGGAGCGAGUAUUGGUCUCUUAGUUGAUAUGGGAUUCGAUCGUGACGCUGCUGUUGAUGCACUGCUGGAGUAUUCAACCGUUCCGGAGGCUGCCGAAUAUCUGAUCGCAACUGACGGCUUAGGCAGACUUCGCCAAUCGUCAACUGAUGAAAGAAUUGAUGCCGAUGAUAUCGAUGCAGAAGAAGGUGGUGGCCAAAAUGGUGAUUUGAAUGUGGAAUUCGAAGAUGUCCUUUUGAAAGAGCCAAUUUCCUUGAACGAAGUGCCUCCUCUCGACACUCGCCUAGUAUUAUCCAGCCUAUGUAAAGAUGUUAUUCCAGUUCUUUUGAAUUUAAUGGAACAGGGGACAGAGUUGGUGUUCAGUACAUCGGAAAUUAUCCUGGCAAUUUUAAAUGAAGUAGAUGAUGAAUGGAGAAAAAAUAUGCUUAUUGGUGAAUAUUUGGUACAGGAUAUCCUUUUGAUGGUGGACGAACUACGCUGUGACGAGACUGACGAGAAAGCAGUUGCAUCGCUUGCAACUCGUUUGCAUUUCGUAUGUUUGCUGUGGCCUGGAAUUGCUACCACUUAUAUGGACGUCUUUACAGAGUAUCGUCUUCAUAGUGUCUUGAUUUCUGUGCUUGACAUGGUCGUCAUACACUGUGUUAAGAGACCUGCAUUUAUUAGGCUUAUUGCGCCAAUAUGCUUGUGGCUCGAUCUGUAUGAUAAAAUGUUAAAAUUACUGGAUAGCAAGGAUAAAGUUGAAAAGGCUGUUGAAUCGUAUGCAUGGAAAUAUUGGGAUACCGACGAAAGGGGUGGUGUAUUUGCUUGGAUUAAUUAUCCUCCUGCGGCAUCGCAUACGCUUACAAAUGCAUUUCUUUCUGGUCGAAGAAACUGUAGCGUAAGCGUAGGAGGGCGCCAAUACACUGUUGAUUUUCCGUCAAUGAGUCAUCGUAAUGUCGAAUCUCACAUUGAACGACCGAUUACAAUUUCUGGUCGCUUGAAGGAUGGAAUUGUAUUAUCCGAAAUACUUGCUGAGAGUAACGGACAUAGAGAUUGGAAUGAGGUAGUGCGUGAUAGACUUGUACCAGCUGUCAUUGGCCUUCUUGGCUUAUCAAGUAUAGAUGCAACCUCGAUCCAUGCGAUUUUUAUUUUGGCUGCACGUAUUACAAGAGACUUCAGAAUCGCAAAGGAAUUUUUGCAGCAGGGGGGCGUGCAAACAGUGAUAAAUGUGUCCGGUUCCGCAGUACCAUCAUCAGCUAUUCUUGCUGCCCUUGUUAUUCGUCACUGUCUUGAUGAUGAGAUUGCGGUAAGACAGAUUUUCGAAAAAACAGUGCGUACAAUUGCUGCAGGUGGUUAUACUAUCAAUCCGCCUUUAACAAGAUGGAAUCAUAUUAGGACACCGCGAACAACUCGAGACUGGUUACAUGCUAUACGUGCUCUUUCUCCGCUAUGCGCACGCCAUCCGCAAAUUUUUGCUGCUACUAUGGAACGUGUUACGCGAAAACACAAAGAUCAGAUAACCGUUUUACCGAUGACUCCCGUUGAUCCUACUUGCAAGCAAUGGGCUGCGUGCUCACCUAUUAAACAGGUGUUGACGCAUUUAUUGAAUCACACGUUGGACUUUUCGUGGGAGGAUUCGAAUAGAGUGAUAAAUCGUGCAUCACUCGUGCGAUUGAUUGCUGAGUUGGCGAAGAGUUACAGUAUUGUAGCAACGUUAGUUGCUGAAUCGCACGAUCUUAAUGGGCAGCCAUUUAUGGUUUCGCUUCUCAAUAAAUGUGUUGUCCCAAGCGGUUUUCCUGCUGAUGGUAAUCUUUCUGUGGCUGUGAAGACUUUUGUAGCUGCAGUCGCUUCAUGCAGUCAUUCACCAAAAGCUCAGGAAGCAUUGAUCUCAAGUAUUAUCUCUUGUCUUCAUAUUGUUUUCUCUGAAGCCGAUUCAAAGAUAGCUUGCACUAAGCUGAGAGCAUUAUCAGAUCUCUUUCUGUUGGCACGUGAUGCAUGUCCUGCAGGACCUCAUGAUGUGCGCAACAGUACAAAUUCAAAUACAAUUUUGCGCUUGAUCAUAAAGAAACGUGUUUGUAUCGAACUGAGUAGAGUACCGUGGUAUCUGAAUUUGUCAGCGAAAGAGGGUAUUGAGACAUUGAACUAUAUUCUGCGAGUUUUGGAAGAAUUGACGCGUACAAUCAACAGUAACCAUGCUGCACAAAAUUCAAUAGGAGAAAAUGCGUCGGAAGCGCUCUCAACGGCUCAGAGCGCAUCAGCGUCUGUGACACUAGUUGCAACAUCAGAAAACGAUGCAUCAGCUACAGUAACAGCGAGAGAGAGUGAACAUUCUCAGGAUGAUCAGCACGUCGAAGAUGGUUGUAGUACUGCUGAUGAACAUCGUUUUGAGACCCAUGAGGUAACGGUUGAACGGAAUAGACCUGAUGAUGAUGAUUACUGUGCAGAUGAUGAUGAGGAUCGUAGUCAUGCUAGACAUCCGGAUGCUGUUGAAGAUUCAAGUGAAAGUGAAGACGAAGACGAUGCAGAUGACGGUGACGAUGAUGAAGGUGCUGCUCUUAAUGAAAUGGAUGUGGAUGAUGAAUCGGAUGAUGAGCAUGACGAUGUAAUGGAAGAAGAAGGACGUGUAAGCGUCGAAGAAGAUGAUUUUGGAAUGGUAGAAAUGGAACCGGCAGUACUAAGUCGUUUUGCCUUAGUAGAUAGUGUAGAUGAUUCUGGACCCGCAGACAGAUUUGAAGAUGGCGAUUCUGAAGAAAAUUUUGUCAACGCAAAUAUAUUUGUUGAAAAUCUGGAUGAUAUCGAUGCUCUUACAAAUGGUGCUUUCACGGGUGCUCGUCUUUUUGUAAAUACUAGCAUGGAAGCCGCGCAUGCCGACAGAUCAUCAACUACAGUUACUUCAGUGCAUCCCUUAUUGCAACGGUCAUCACAGACCAGUGGCAGUGAUAGUGUCAUAGGUCAAAGACCUACGAGUUAUCGCCUUCUGGUUGGCCAGCGUCGUGGAGCUGGAAAUGUGAAUACAACAGGCUUGCAUCGGCAAAAUGCGGUACGACGUUGGACAACAUUCGGUACACAAAGUGAAUUUAUUGAACGACUCUUUGAUGGUACUACAACAGCUAAUGGCACUCAUCUUUUUGACGUCACUCCGUCACGUCAGCGUUUCUUGAAUGUCGUUAUGCAAGACCAUGGAUUGGAUAAUACAACUACAGUUACUGGUGAAGAACGACGGCAAACAUCCGUCCCACUUCCACUGGAACGAUUUUCAGAUGCUGCAAGGAUGAUUGAUGGUCAUGCUCAUUUGUACUUGUGGGUUAUAGUCGCAUCUUAUGUCACCGGUAUUAUGGAUGCCAUUGAGAAGGACGAAAAUGAGAAGAAAGCAGAAGAGGUAAUGAAAACGCAGGAGGAUUUUGCAGAGGAAUCUUCGAAGAGAUCUCUGGGUGAUGCGGCAUCAAAUGAAAGUAUCAGUACGGCGCGACUGUUUAUUGAUGAGGAGGAACACGGAGGUGCUGAAAACGAUGAUGGUGUUGGUGAUACACAACCAGAACAUUCAUCAGAAUCUAUCGAUAUAACAGUCCAAACGAAUAGUGCUCCAGAACCCAUGGAUCAAUCAGGUACAUUGUAUUAUGAUGCUUCGGAAAAUUUCGAAGAUCAGAUUCAGCGAAUUGCUGAACAGGAGCAGGGACAGGAAAAUAGCGCUUCAGACGGAAACAGUAAUAUUUCUACAGUGGCGCCCACGCAUACAUUACCAUAUACUGUGGAUGAAACUGAAGAACAAGGGAAUGUGGAGCAGUUAAAUGCAUCAGAAACUGCACCAGAAGCUUCACAUGCUAACCGAGAUGAUUUCAGAGAAAUAUUAGGAGAUAUAGAAAUCCCCGAAGGCGUAGAUCCUGCUUUUUUGGCAGCCUUACCGGAAGACAUACGCAUGGAAGUGAUCCGAGAUUAUAUGAGACAGCAGCGUUCACAACGUUUGAUACAAACUUCUGCGAACCUAGAGGCAGCCGGGCAGGCAAAUGGUGAAGAUGGAAUGCCUGUAGUUGAACCUCUUGAUCAAGAAUUCCUAAAUGCACUUCCUCCUGAUCUGCAGGAAGAAAUCUUAGCACAACACGAGAGGACUGUGCGAUUAGCACAGGAAAGGGCAGAAAGUAACAGUGCGCCGCCGACAGACACUCCCGUUGGUGCAGAUGAUGCAGCUGCAUUAAUCGAAUCGCUUCCACCAACUCUGCGAGCACAAGUGCUUGCUGAUGCGGAUGACACGGUCUUACAAGUCCUACCCCAGAAUGUUGCGGCUGAAGCACGACGUUUGCGAGCAUCUUACGAAGCACAGCAGGUUAUGCAUUUUGCUCGUAUGUUAGCGCCAACACAACGCUUUCGUCCUACCAACGGUCGAUCGGUUCCUGGAACAAGCGGCAACACCACUGUAGGUGCGCUUGCUGGAGUUACUACACUUGCUUCGAAGAGUGCUACACAGUUAUUAGAUCGAGAUGCCAUUGUUACUUUAUUGCUUCUUUUUUUCAUCGAUCCGGCUCGCCUUAAUACUCAACGUUUACAGAAGCUUAUCAAAAGCCUUUGCGCACAAAAUGUGACAUGUGACUUCGUAAUCUGGUGCUUAAUUGCUCUACUUGACAAAGUAGACGAAGACGCUAUUCAAUAUGAAGAUUUUGCGGGCACGGUGUCCGGUUGGUUGGAUCAGAUAUGCGUACACAGCGGUAUUGGGCAACAUGAGCAAGCAGUCAAAUUCUUUAAGAGUACUCAUAUAGUUGCCUUACAUCCGGCAAUCCUAACAACAGUCUGUCGUCUUGUACUGGAUACACUGAUCAAUCUUGCAAAAACUUAUCCGGGUCAUUUUCUGCCUGCGAAACUGCGUGCACCAGGUUCUCUUUCCAAUGCUGGAUUGCCACCAUUCUCACAGUUUUGGGCUAUCGUCCAUAGCCUGUCGAAAGCUGAUAUGUCAUCCCGUCCUACCCAUCGACACGGUUCAUCAUUAGAAGCGGCUUUGGGACCGGGUGGCGUUAAUGCAAGCAUGGCUGCUUCAUCGCUUGAAGAUAGUGCUGUUGGUGUACUGAUGGAUCACAUUAGACGUCCAGUUAUUCUCUCAUCGUCGGUAUUGCAGGAUAAGUUGCUUCGUCUUAUAUGUACGAUUGUCCAAACUUUGCCGGAUGAAACCGUCACGAAAAUGUCAAUUGAUUCGACAGCAGAAAGACCUCCACUUACCCAGCAACUCGAACACAUAGUUUUGGCUUUGACAGAAGGUGAAUGCUCAGAAGAAGGGUUAGUGGAUGGACGGACCUUACUAUUGGAAUUAAUCCGUGCUCUCACUCCAUCUACGAAAACUUUCAUAAUGUCUCUCCUUAUAAAUGCCGCUGAACGCCUAGGAGCUCGACUCCUGCCACAUAUUGAGAGGCUUGAAGAAGAACUGAAAGAAUUACCUAACGAAGGAAACCCUUCGUCGUCUCUUGAGCAACAACCAUCGGGCUCGAAAGUUACCGUUAAUCGUUAUGACGAAUCAGUGGUUGUGAUCAGUGGAAUACUCAAUUCACGAGCAGUCAUGAAUGCAUCAGGCUGUUAUGAACUACAAUUACCAGCAAUGAGAGCACUUACUGAUAAAAAUGGCAUCCAAAACGUAUUUCUGAGAACUCUGCAAACAAUCAUUAAAAUAAGAGAAGUGUUACAAUCACAUGCAAGGUGUAUUGAGAUUGAUGUGAGUAUUGAAACUGCAGCUGAGGAGGAGGAUGAACAUUCUCAGGGAGAAGAUAAAAAUGCAAUCGAAAAAUAUGAAAGGAAGAAGCUUGCCGAGAAAGAAGAAAGCAUGAGCGUAUUAUUGAAUACGUUAGAACCGUUAUGGGAACUUGUAUCGAGAUGUCUGAAACUUCUUACAAAUGCAGAUGCACAUGCAGCUUUAGCUCUUCAGCCUAGUGCUGAAGCCUUUUUUUUGGUAUAUGGUUCGGAAUUAUCAUCUACUGAUCCAAGCAAACUACAUGACCAUCCAGAUGCUCAAAAACUUCUUCACUUCGCUGAGAAGCACCGGAAUAUGUUAAAUCAGGUUUUGAGGCAGAGUGGUGGUAGUUUGACGGAUGGCCCAUUCGCAGUACUGACUCAAAUGCCGAAAUUGCUUGACUUUGAUGUUAAGCGUAUCUAUUUUCGGAAACAGAUGCAAAAAAUCGAUGAACGUGUUAGAGGUGAAGACGUAGCAGUGCGGAUUCGUCGCAGUCACUUAUUCAGUGAUAGUUUUCGAGAAUUAUUCAGACUGCGUGGUCCGGAAUGGAAAGCGAGAUUUUACAUCAUAUUCGAGGGUGAAGAAGGGCAAGAUGCUGGUGGAUUAUUGCGUGAAUGGUUUUCAAUUAUUACGCGGGAAAUUUUCAAUCCCAACUAUGCACUUUUUAUAACUUCCCCAGGAGAUCGUGUGACAUAUAUGAUCAAUAAGACUUCAUACAUUAAUCCAGAACACUUGGAGUAUUUCAAGUUUGUUGGAAGAAUUAUAGCAAAGGCAAUAUAUGAGAACAAGUUGCUGGAAUGUUAUUUUACUCGAGCAUUUUACAAGCACAUUUUAAGUGUUCCUGUUCGAGCACAGGAUUUAGAAUCAGAGGAUCCCAGUUUCUACAAGUCAUUGGAAUUCUUGCUCAAUAAUCCGAUCGAAGAUCUUGGCACUGAACUUACAUUUAGUUUGGAAGUUGAAGAAUUCGGAGUUAGAAAAAUGCGCACGCUUAAAGAAAACGGAUCGUCCAUUCCAGUUACUGAUGAAAAUAAGGAAGAAUAUGUGAAGCUCGUUUGUCAGAUGAAAAUGACUGGUUCCAUUAAUCAACAGUUGAACGCAUUUUUGGAGGGCUUUUACGAAAUAAUUCCGAAGCAUUUAAUAUCAAUAUUCAAUGAGCAAGAAUUAGAAUUGUUGAUAAGUGGGCUUCCAAAUGUUGAUAUCGACGAUCUUUAUGCUAAUACAGAGUAUAAGACAUACACAAAAUCCUCAUCUCAGAUACAAUGGUUCUGGAAAGCACUACGUUCGUUUGAACAGGAAGAUCGUGCGAAGUUUCUACAGUUCGUUACUGGUACAAGCAAAGUUCCCCUGCAAGGUUUUGCCGCACUUGAGGGUAUGAAUGGUACACAGAAAUUUUCCAUUCAUUUGGAUUCACGAUCUCCAGAUCGACUACCAACAGCACAUACAUGUUUCAAUCAAUUGGACCUACCACAAUAUGAAACAUACGACAAACUUCGGGAUAUGCUAUUGUUAGCUGUACGUGAAUGUACCGAAGGAUUUGGCUUUGCUUAA